AUGAUUCAUUUAAAUAAAAUGUAUAUGCUCUUCUUAUAUAACUAAUGAUAAGAUGCAUCUCUCACUCUUCAGCAAACAUUAACGAUUCAUUUAAAUAUUGCAGCUUGCUGAGUCACAAACAUGGCCGGCGGCGAAGGGGACAGAAAGCUUCUUCACAUAGCUAUGUUCCCAUGGCUGGCCUUCGGCCACAUGCUCCCUUUCCUCCGACUCGCCAAGAUCAUGGCCAAAAAGGGACACAACAUCUCCUUCAUCUCCACUCCGCGCAACAUCGAUCGCCUUCCCCAACUCCCUCCAUCUCUCACCUCUCUCAUCACCUUCGUCAAGCUUCCCCUGCCUCCCGUCGACGGCCUCCCGACCACCGCCGAGGCAACUUCCGACCUGGAGGGCCAUGAGAUCCUCUACCUAAAGCGAGCGUACGACCUUCUCCGGCAACCACUCUCGGGAUUUCUUAGCAAAUCCCGUCCGGAUUGGAUCCUCUUCGACCAUGCACCAUUCUGGCUGCCCGCCGUCGCUCGUGAACUCGGAAUCCCGACCGUGUUCUUCAGCAUAUUCAUCGCCAGCGUGUUGGCGUUCACCAGCCCGCCGGCGGAUGAGGAACAAGACUAUAGGAGAAGCGCGGAGGAGAUCAUGGUCAAACCCAAGUGGGUCCCGUUUGAAUCCGACAUAGCGUGGAGGUAUUUCGAGGCGGAGAAGAUUUUCCCCAUGAUUCUUGGCGACGAUUUGCAUCCCAAUGAGUUUUAUCGUUUUCGUCAGACAUUGAAAGGAUGCAAUUUGAUCGCGGUUAGGAGUUGCGGAGAGCUUGAAUCCCGUUGGCUAAAUUUACUGCAGGAAAUGCAUCAAAAGCCGGUAUUACCGGUGGGAGAGCUUCCGACGCCAAUCGAGGAGAUAGAGGGAGAUGACUGGCAGAGUUCGGGAUCGAUUAAAGAAUGGUUGGAUGAGCAAAAAAGGGGUUCAGUUGUCUACGUGGCAUUCGGGAGCGAGGCAACAUGGAGUCAGGAAGAGCUAACAGAGAUAGCCAAUGGGUUAGAGCUAUCCGGUCUGCCAUUCUUUUGGGUUCUCCGUACCCGGCAGAGUCCCGACGAUUCGAAAUUGCCUGAAGGGUUCGAGGAUCGAACAAAGAGGCGAGGAGUGGUCUGGAAGGAGUGGGCACCACAAGUGAAGAUUUUGUGCCACGACUCUGUGGGCGGGUUCUUUACUCACUCCGGGUGGAGCUCGGUUGUGGAAGGGCUUCAAUUUGGACGGCCGCUGGUGUUGUUGAUUUGUUACAAUGACCAAGGGCUUAAUGCUAAGCUGCUUCAGCAAAAGGGUGCGGGUUAUUUGGUUCCUAGAGAUGAAAGAGAUGGGCGAUUUACAAGGGACUCGGUUGCUGACUCGUUGACGACGGUGGUUUUGGGAGAAGAAGGAGAGAUCUAUCGAAUUAAAGCCAUGGAAAUGAAAGAGUUGUUUGGUGAUACGGAGAAGCAUGACAGUUAUGUUCAUGAUUUGUUGGGAUACCUUGAGACUAAUUAACACCUCCAGAAAUUUGUGAAGAUAAACUUUGGUAUCGAUUGAAAUAAUUGUGACUUUUGAAGCGCAUCUUUUCCUUCAGAUUUGUAUCUAUCCAAUAUAUUUUCCAACUGAACCUAAUGUG